AUGUCCAAACAACCACCAAAAGAAACUCCUUCUAAAGUUGCUGCCAGAUCUCUUAGUGGAUUGGAAAUUUCCGAUGCUGAAUCUAAUUUGUCUUCUAAAUUAGAAUCUAUCAAGGAAAACAAUUAUGAUCAAGAGUCAUUGGAAAUGAGAUUAAGUAAAGCUACUAAAGAGCAUCGUGAAUUCUUAGAAUCACACAAGGUCCAAAGACAUGCCUUGAAAGAGUUAGAAAAAGAUGAACCUCUUUUGAACAAGGAUAAGAAGAGAAAGAUUCUAUUCCCAAUUGAAUACCCAGAUAUCUACGAGGCAUAUAAGAGAGCUGAAGCUUCCUUUUGGACUGCUGAAGGGAACAAUAGAUUGAAUGCUAAUGAAAGGUUCUUCAUUUCAAGAGUAUUGGCCUUCUUUGCUGCCUCUGAUGGUAUCGUUAAUGAGAAUUUAAAUGAAAAUUUCUCUGUAGAAGUACAGGUUCCAGAAGCAAGACUAUUUUAUGGUUUCCAAAUUAUGAUCGAGAAUAUUCAUUCAGAGACUUAUUCUUUAUUGAUUGAUACAUAUAUCAAAGAUCCAAAGGAAUCUCAAUUUUUAUUUGAUGCCAUUCAGACCAUUCCACAAAUUAAAGAAAAGGCUGAAUGGGCUAUUAGAUGGAUCAAUGAUAGUGACGCUCUAUAUGCAGAAAGAUUAGUGGCAUUUGCAUCCAUCGAGGGUAUUUUCUUCUCUGGUUCAUUUGCUUCUAUUUUUUGGUUGAAAAAGAGGGGUUUAAUGCCUGGGUUAACUUUCUCUAAUGAAUUAAUUUGCAGAGAUGAAGGUUUGCAUACUGAUUUUGCUUGUUUAUUAUUUACUCAUAUUGAAAAUAAACCUAGCCAUGAUAUUAUUGAAAAAAUUGUCACAGAAGCCGUGGAAAUCGAAAAAAGAUAUUUCAUUGAUGCUUUACCUGUAGCAUUAUUAGGUAUGAAUGCGGAUCUAAUGAAUCAAUAUGUGGAAUUCGUGGCAGAUAGAUUAUUGGUUGCCUUCGGUAAUCCAAAGGUUUACAAUGUUGAAAAUCCAUUUGAUUUUAUGGAAAAUAUAUCUUUAGCUGGUAAGACUAAUUUCUUUGAAAAGAGGGUCUCUGAUUAUCAAAAGGCUUCAGUCAUGGCUGUUGCUUCUAAUAAAGAAGCUGGUGGUGCUAUGGCUUUCGAUGAAAGUUUCUAA